UUGAUUAUACGCGUAAGAUCCUGCCGCUCCCGCUGCCGCUCCGCUGCCCGCAAAAUUCGAGGCCCAGGCCUAAGAUCCUGCCGCUCCCGCUGCCGCUCCCGCUGCCGCUCCCGCUGCCGCUCCCGCUGCCGCUCCCGCUGCUCCCGCUCCCGCUGCCGCUCCCGCUGCCGCUCCCGCUGCCGCUCCCGCUGCCGCUCCCGCUGCCGCUCCCGCUGCCGCUCCCGCUGCCGCUCCCGCGCUCCCGCCGCUCCCGCUGCCGCUCCCGCUGCCGCUGCCGCUGCCGCUCCCGCUGCCGCUGCCGCUCCCGCUCCCGCUGCCGCUCCCGUUCCCGCUCCCGCUGCCGCUCCCGCUCCCGCUCCCGCUGCCGCUCCCGCUGCCGCUCCCGCUGCCGCUCCCGCUGCCGCUCCCGCUGCCGCUCCCGCUGCCGCUCCCGCUGCCGCUCCCGCUGCCGCUCCCGCUGCCGCUCCCGCUGCCGCUCCCGCUGCCGCUCCCGCUGCCGCUCCCGCUGCCGCUCCCGCUGCAUCUCCCGCUGCCGCUCCCGCUGCCGCUCCCGCUGCCGCUCCCGCUGCCGCUCCCGCUGCCGCUCCGCUGCCCGCAAAAUUCGAGGCCGAGGCCUAA